AUGUUCAAAGAGCUAUGUGACGACGUCAAUAAUAACCCAUGGGGCUCAGCCUAUAAAAUAGUGCGGAACAAGAUGAAACAGACGGUACAACCAACAUGCCCAAUUCUCUUGGACCAGAUUGUACGAGAACUCUUCCCUCCGCAGCCUGACUUUGUGAGAAAGAUAGAUAGCGAACCAGCUACCAACAUCCCGGCGGUAAAUGUAGCCGAAGUGCUCAAACUAAGUAGCAAAUUAUCGUCUCGAAAAGCGCCUGGGCCAGAUGGAAUUCCAAACAUUGCGUUGAAAAAAGCCGUGCUGCAAAACCCGUGCUUGUUUGCGAGAAUUUUUAAUGUGUACCUGCAAGAAGGCGUCUUUCCAAAUAUCUGGAAACUACAAAAAUUGGUACUUGUACCAAAAAAACCAGGUGCUUGCGCUCCAAAUGAAUACCGUCCACUGUGUAUGCUGGACUCCAUUGUAACAACGCCUCCAUAUAAACACAUACCCAUCCGUCACCACACCAUCACAUUGGAUUACGCGCAGCUUUACUUUCGUCCAGAGCCAACUAGUGGCCCCAUACCGCAGCAGUAUCAACAGUACCAGAAGUACCAACAGUACCAGAAGUAUCAACAUCAACCGUACCAGCAAAAGUAUCAACAGUAUCAGCAGUUGCCACAGCAUUACAACUACUACAACUACAACUACAAUCAUAAUUAUCAUAACACCAGUUCACGUUCCACACCGACCCAUUCGCCCGCACCCUCAUACACACAUCUUCACCAACACUCACAUCAUCAACAGCAUCAUCUACAACAGCAAGAACUACUCAUCCAACAACAUCAACUACAACAGUUACAACAACAACAACAGCAACAACAACAUCAGCAGCAACAACAUCCGUGCAAUUAUUAUUCAACGCCGCCGCCACCAACCAAUACCAGUUCGAACCACCACACACCGAGUCAUCACAGUUCGACGUACAGCGCUUACGGUUCGUACGGUUCUUACGGCGGCGCAUACCUUGGCACCAGUGGCAGCGACAGUGGCGUAGGUGGUCUCACACCAAUCGGACGUAACUAUCGUCGAUACCACUCGAGUGGCAGUGGUGGCAGCGGCAGUAUUAGCGGUAGCAUUGGCAGCAAUUACCUCACUGCCGGCUCCCAUAGCGCAAAUUACGGGCGCACCUCGCCAGCACUGUCGAUUCACGCACGCCCCUUGCUCGCAUCCACAUCGACUGCGGCCAGCAGUACUGGUGGUUGUGGCAGUACAUACGGUUUGGGACUUGGCCUGGGACUUGGCCUCGAUCUCGAUACCAGUGACUACGAAUACGAACGAGCGUCGCUACACUCUGGCGCUUACGCUUACAAACCGUCGUCUUCGCGACGUGGCAGCAGCCUUGCUGCCGACUACUUGUUGGACGUUGCAGCACAUUGCAGCGUACCAUCGCCGGCACUCAAACCUGAGCCGGAUACCGAUCUUGAGCUCGACCUCGAUCUUGAUCUCGAUCUCGACGUGGGCGUCGGCGUCGGUGUUGACGUUAGCGACGUUGACGACGCUAGCGACAUUGGCCUCGACAUUGGUUUGGGCCUUAACGUCGAGGAUAUCGAAGAUCUUGAUAUCCCGGUACCAGAACCGGAACCCGAACCCGAAGCGGACGUGCACGACGAACUUGUUCGCGCGCUUGAACUCGAACUCGAUUUUGGACUUGAUUUUAACACCAACACUAACCUCAACUUCAAUCUCGAUAGCGCAGAUUUCAUCGGACUCGACGACGUCGACAUUGACGCAGAGGAAGAGCCAAUACUCUCGCCAGUGCUCAAUAGAUCUUUGCGUCCAUUCUCCUAUCCGGCACUUACUAUCACUGCACCAGAGAAUAGUAUCGCGAGCGAAUCACCAAUACCAGCGGCGACGCCGCCACCGACACCGACGGAUUUUCUCUAUCCGCAGUUGUCCGUACAAAGCAACAAGACGUCACCACAACAUCAGCAGCACCAGCAGCAGCACCAGCAACAACAACAUCAACAGCAACAGCAACAGACGCAACACUACUACCACCAACAACAAAGAACGACGCGUUUACCGCAACACGACGACAGUUGCGAGGAAUUCAACAACAUCACUGACGAUCCGACGUCGUGCAUCGGCCAAAAAAGAAUGAUGGUUAGCCGAUUGUGGAAUAGUUGUUUCCCCAAAUUCACGCCGGAGCACGUGCACCGGCACAACUUCUAUUUAUGCCAGUGGCAACGCAACACGCAAGUGCGCAUUGUCUAUCUCUUCUAUCGCUGGAUAACGGCAAUUACCUGCCUGGCCGCGCUCGUUUGCUCACUACUCGAUAUCGGGCGCUCCGAAGAACACUUCGAAAACCACUAUGCGAAAUGGUGGAUCUACCUGACACACUGGGGUCUGCUCUUCUGCACGGUGCAGGCAUGGCUGGCGGCGUGGAUUGUGACGCAGGGCAUGAUGGUGGAGCGUGAAGAUUUUGAGGUUGUGCGACAGGCGAGGAAGAGCCGCCUGCAUCACAUAUACUGGGUGCUGUACACGUGUGCCACUGUGUAUUCGUUCAUCAUAACGAUGUGUUAUUGGUUUUUGGUGCACGAUCCAGAAAUUCACAAAAUAGACGCUUUAAAUAUAAUGGUGCAUGUGUUCAAUUCGGUGAUUAUGCUCAUCGAUUUAGCUAUUGUCGGGCAUCCGAUCAAAUUGAGUCAUGUCUACUUCACGACUGGCAUCGGUUUGGCGUAUGGCAUUUUUACCGGUAUUUAUUUCUUAGCUGGCGGCACAGAUAGAAAAAACAAUGUCUACAUCUAUCCCAUGUUGGAUUGGACCAAACCGGGCAAGGCUAUCAUCGUCACUGUGUGUGCCGUCAUUUCCGUCUUUGUGGUGCACUUCUGUUGCUAUCUUCUGUAUCGCACGCGCGUCUGGCUAUUUACAAAACUUUGCAUACGCGGCGCGCACAACCGAGAUGGCGAAAUGGGCGAGGGUCUGCAUGAUGAGGCGGCGGCGCGUCUAGGCGGUGGCACCUCCCAAGAGUACUCACACCAGCAACAGUAUCCGAUUCUUCAUUCGGAACAGCCGCGCACCAGCCAUCACCACCAUCAGCACACACAAAAUCAGCAGCAGCCACAACAACAGCACCAGUCUGAUCCGCAAUACUCCGGCUAUCAGCAGCAACCUGUGGUGGCGGGCGUCAAUGUUGGUGUACUCAGCGCUGGCGGCUACUAUCAACCGGAAAAUAAUAACAAAAAUAAACAACAGCAACAACAGCAACGCCAGCUAGAGCAACAGCAACACCAACAACAGCAACACCAACAACAACAACAACAGCAGCAACACCAGCAGCCGCAACAGCAACAGCCACAACAACAGCAAAAACAUUCCUCAUCAGCGACUGCCGCAUCCGGUUUAAGUCGCACCGUGGCGCAUUUAGAUGCGGCACAGCGUGAGCAAUUCCUAAAUCCAAACAAGAUUGUGGAAUAUAAAAUGUAAAGGCGUUGUACCCGGCACCGAUAUACGUUCCACUUGUCCAUGAAAUUCUUGGAGAAACACUGUGCGCAA